CAUCAACAAUCCCCCAACGCAGCACCAUGCGCGAGUUCGAGCCACCAACUAUUCAGAAGGAGUUUCUCGUCGACGCUUUGGCCGAGGGCAAGCGGCUGGACGGGCGGUCGCGCCUCCAACAGCGUCCUUUCACCCUUACCUUUGGACCGGAGUUGGGUAACGUCGAGUGCCGGUUGGGGAAGACGGCCGUUCUAGCCCAAGUAGCUGCAACUAUUGUCAAGCCGCGCGAUGACAAGCCGUACGAGGGCUUCCUCGUGAUCAACUCCGAGAUCAGCCCGAUGGCGUCGCAUGUGUUCGAGGCUGGGCGGGCAUCAGAGGACGAAGUCAUGAUCACGCGGCUGCUGGAGAAGAGCAUUCGACGAACGGAGGCCGUUGACCGCGAGGCACUCUGCAUUGUCGCAGGAGAGAAGGUGUGGCACCUACGACUGACACUGCACUUCCUCUCCGACUCGGGCAACCUGCUUGACUGUGCGUCGCUGGCGGCGAUGACUGCGCUCCGCCACUUCAGAAAACCUGAUGUUGAAGUGUCUGGCGACGAUGUCAUUGUGCACUCGCCUGACGAACGUGCACCCCUUCCCCUUGCAAUCCACCACACACCCCUCUGCCUGAGCUUCAGCUACUUUGAGGGCCUGCCGCCUAUCCUUGAUCCAACGCAUCUGGAGGAGGUCCUGGCUGACGGGACAAUGACGAUCACGUUGAACGCGCAGCGCGAGCUGUGCGUGCUCUCAAAGGCUGGAGGGAGCGCACUCUCGCCUGACGAGAUCAUGGAUGUUGUGCGCGUAGGUGUUGAACGUGUGCGCGCGAUGGUGAGCGAUAUGGAGGACGCUUUGAAGGCAGACAGCGCUAAGCGGGUGGUCGAGGUGCGGUAGCGAUACAGAGAGGGACAUGUAUAGUACGAUUGCACUGUCCGGUUUGUUUAAGAACAGCCAUAGAAGCAUUGCUUGAGUUAUCAUGACACCAGAAACAGAAACAGACCACACUUGGCAGUCGCGGGCCUGUCAUGGCAAAGCCACCGGAAGUGUUUUAGCUAUAUCUUUUCCUCGCUUCUUAUGACCUGGCGAGGUCUCCCUUGAAUGUACUGCUGCUGGG